AAAGGGUGACAUCCAACUUCCCACAAUACCAUUCUGGACAUGUCCACCUGCACCGCUACCAGUUGGUGCCACCCAGACUGCAUCUGAUUUCCAUGGCGACACCCUCCAUUCCUGUGGUAAUGCCUGAUAUCUUCAUGCACCCACAUCUGCAAGUGUUUCCUCAUCAUGGUCUGCGGGGAAUGCAAAGCCAUGUCACAAUGCACAGGGGCUACCAGGACCUGCUGCACCUGGAGGAUCAGUUCAGUGAUUUAAACCAUGGAGCAUCGCAAAGCACCAUUGAGAGGUACACCUUCCUGCACAAAUAUGAGAAGAGGACGCUGGAGACCUGUGAGGAAGGGAAGGAGGCGGCUGAGGUGGAGGAGAAAUGCACAAUAUGUCUGUCACCUUUAGAGGAAGGGGAAGAUGUCAGGCGCCUUCCAUGCAUGCACCUCUUCCACCAGAUUUGUGUGGACCAAUGGUUGGCCACCAGUAAGAAAUGUCCCAUCUGUCGAGUGGACAUUGAAGCCCAGCUUCCUGUCGACACCUAACUGCCUGGAAAUAACAGAAGGAUUUGGUGUCAAGUUCCCUGAUAAUUCUGGACUUUGGGAGUUUAAAUCUGGAAACUGUGUGGAGUCCUCAGCUUGCACUGACUGGAUUCGAAGAGAUCGAACAAUAUUUGGACCCAGGUCUUCUCUGCCAAUGUUAACCCUGACACACAUUGUGCUCCCUGAAAUACCAGCAUCUCAUCCACAAAUGAAAGGGCCAUUACCUUAAAACAAUCAAAACUCACUGCUUUGACCAGAUAGCACCUCCAGAUCAGCCUAGCAUGGGAACAGAAGAAAUUCCAAACCAAGAUCAGACCAAAGGAUACUGAGAUACUGUCUAUUACUAUUGUCCAUAAGAGCUUUUUCUGAUCAUCAGCGGUUACCAGGCCAUGUAACUCUGCACUGACUGGAGUUUCAAAAGUCCCCACAGAAAUAAACAUCUGGCUGUAUUGCAAA